AUGGAAGCUGUGAAGCGUGCCCUCCCACGGUAUGCUCGCAUCAACUCGCUGGCCCCAGGUGUCACCUGGGGUAAGGUUCAGAGGGAGCUCCAAUCCAGUGGGCACAGCUUUUGGCGGCCGAGCUUGCGCGAAAAGCGAGAAGCUGCACGCCGUCCCUCCGGGCUCGAGCCACCCAAAGGCUCGAGCAACAAGAUCUACUAUCGGGACAUCCACAUCCCAGAGUUGCUGGUCUUCAAGCCCAUGGGCCAGUCCCACACCGAGGACGUAGAGAUGUUUGACGAGGGGGGUCUCAUCUUUCAGCAGAAGGCCUCGGCUUUUCCAGCCCUGGCUUUGCAGCCACCCCCUGGUGCGCAGGUCAUCGAUGCCUGCGCAGCUCCGGGAUCGAAGACCUCGCAGCUCGCAGCGAUGAUGUGCAACCAGGGGACGAUCUAUGCUUUUGACAGAGACGCUAGGCGCUUGAAGACCAUGACCAGCUUGCUGGAGCAAAGACACGUCACCUGCGUGGAAGCGCGAGAGAAGGACUUUCUGCAGGUGUCCACCAGAGAUCCGAAGUACAGCAACGUGACGCACUUUCUGCUUGAUCCAAGCUGUUCUUCCUCCGGGAUGACAGCACAGCCCAUCUCGGAUCCAUCUUCGCUCCAGGAACUCGCAGCGAAUCAGAAGGCAGCUAUCUUGCAUGCGAUGCGUUUCCCAUCCUGCCAAAGAAUCGCCUACUCAACCUGUUCCAUCUACGAGGACGAGAAUGAGCAGGUCGUGCAGCAGGUGCUUGACACCAAAGAGGGCAAGCACUUCCUUCUCGAAGAAGCGCUUCCCUGGUGGCCGCGCAGGGGCUUGAAAUUGCCGCACUUCCCGGAAGCAGUGCGCUGCGUCCGCAGCAACUGGGAAGAUCGAACCAUCGGCUUCUUCGUGGCCUUGUUCGUGCGAGCGGAAAAGCUGUUUGAUACAUUCAAACCAGGUGGGGAGAGCCAGGUGAUCAACAGAAUACUUGAGCUGUUCGCUGACGCCUACUUUUUGCAGUGGUCGAAAAACAAGGAGAAGUCUGUUCCGGAAACCGCAUACGCAGCUGCCGAUAGCGUUCUCGCAACAGCUUUCAGCCUCAUUAUGCUGAACACCUCACUUCACGUAGCCUCCAAGAAGGCCGGCAAGUCGCCCUCUGCCUCGAUGACAGCGACGGAGUUCGUGGAAAACACGCGAAGGGUUGUCAGCGAAGAAGAAGUUCCCGCAGUCGCCUUGCGCCAGUUCUAUGCGGACGUCAAGAAGGCCGAGAUUUCCAUGCAGCCCAU